AUCGGCUUCUGGGAUGAAAAAACCCCCGAGCGCUAUACCGCAGUUUUUCUUUCUGCAGCGAAGCGUAGCUGUUUGAUGGCCUGACUGAAGGUCAAGCCUUCAUUCUCGAGUUGUCAGAGACGACGCUGUGCAGUUAGUCAAGGCUAUCAUUGCUGGAGAGAGAACUUGGGCUUGAUAUCGUGGUGAUGACAGAAUGAUUCAAUGAAGUUAGUUCAUGCAUGCAGCGCACAUCCCCGAUCACUGAAGAAGUCACACGACCGAAUGGAUUCGUGGAGCAACUGAGGUUGUGCAUCUAUGUUAGGUAAUUUUUUACACUAAGCUAUCGCUAAGCACCAUUGACUCACCAGACACCUAUGGACAACGUAUUCAGUACUCUUUGGGAACCACACGUACGUGUACGUCACAUGUGAGGGAGUCUGGAGUCGCCACGAUUCGCAAUGUCAGAUCCAAACAUGGCUCAGCUUAGGGAAAGGAUGCGACGGGAAGCUAAACAGCUGGCUGAGGAAGAGCAAAAGGCUGACUACGUGCUCGACGUGGGCUUCCGAAAGCUGAGGAUUCCCAAAGAGGAGGCGGAAUCUCAGUUCCCCGAGCUACGCCAGCCCGUCAAGGAGUACAUAUUCGACCCACCCAGGUGUAUGCUGCGCAACCAACAGCAAGAGCGAGAGAGGAAACACGUGGAAAAGGCCGUGGUGUCGCAAAGAAUGAAGCAAGCGCUCUGUCCCAGUGCUCUGCCGGUCGGUGUGCACAAACCCACCUACUUGCACAGCGGCCGGCCUCGAUGGGACACCACAGCUGGACAGCAGCUUGAGCCUCGAUCAGGCCCAGCACCCAGCAACCAUCGCCAGGAUACCGUAGUUCAGAAUGUCCACACUGGCAGCACCGCCCUGCUGUCUGAAGAUGCACUGAAAUCACUGCGUAGCAACAAAUACGACAUGAAGCUAUUGUCUGGGACCAAACCUUUUCACACCAGCAAGGCCGCGGGCCCUGAAUUUGUUGUGUUGGACGGGAAUUUGCAAUACAGAAAGCAUCUCCAACCGGUGAUGCCAAUGAGUCCGCGCAAAUCCAUGGAGAAGCGAACCGCGACGGAAACUGCAGAAGGGGCAGAUGAACCCAGUGCAGGCCGCACCAGAGGACCUGGCACACCACACUGCAGCAAAGGACCCCGCACACCACAUGGCAACAGCAGAAGCAAGGAGCAUACACUGGAUGCUCCUGCGGCUAGUGACACCUGGAGAGACCGUGACACUCCCGAUGAACAACUGAAAGCUCAGCGACGCUGGGUAGACCUUCCUUCAUCAAUGGAAGAUUCUGAGAGGGCCACUUUAAAGAAUCUACCUUCCACCCCGUCAACACCGUCACAAUCCUCGACUAGCUUGGACUCUGGGCAAAACCAAAGCUCCUCACAAGGUGUUGGUUCAGUGCCGACUCCUGGGCUACCGUGCAAACCACCGGUGGGUGAAGAGAAGGAGAGUCGUUUGCAGGACGAGUUUCAGUAUCUGAUGAGGCAAUGGUGUUCUAAGUGGAGAAUUCCCCUAGGCAUCGGCACCAGUACGGUGCACAGUGGUGAUGACAUUCUUCAGGGUAUGAUAAACAACAGCAACCAGCUAGAGCAAUGCAGGGCUGUGUCACUAUGUGCGUGGCCCAGUGCUAUUGACUGCUCAAUGAGAGCGAGUGCGGCAAGCACAGACACAACCGGAGAAAGACGUCCAGAUAAAGGGUCAGAAACGGAUACACCAAAGAAAUCGCCGGCACCACCAAAGCUGACCAAGAUGACCCAGUAUAGCGAUGGUUCUCUCUCCCAGGCUCUCGUUAACCAGCUCAAUAAACUGUUGCUUGCACACAACACCAGCAAUUUUGUGCGUAUAUCUGCCUUUUUGGCUCUCUGUGCUACUAAACAGCAGCCAAGUGUGGAUAUAUCUGAACCCAUUAUGAACCAGCUUUUGGAUGAUUCGGGCCGACAGCAUCGCUGGCUUGGCGCGCAAUGUGCUGCACUGAUUUCGAACGACUCGAGCACCAUUGCCAAGUUGUUCCACGAGCUAUUCGACAAGCUGCAGGAACCUAGCCAGAUAGCGCAAGAGCGCGCCCUUCACUUCAUGAGCUUUGUGAGCGAGCGCAGUCCUCUCGUUCGCCUCAUGUCCACCAGCUAUCUGAACAGCCAGAGCAAUGACGAACGGCUGGCAGCGUGCCGGCUGAUUCCCCGGCUAGCUCAGAAACCGACGUUGGAUGUUGCCCACAAGCUGGUCUACCUGUACUGGCAUGACUCAAGCCUGGGAGUACGCACACAGGCAACCCGUGCACUACUGGACACGGGCCACGGCAAGCUGAUUCACGAUGAGAUCUGGUCUGCCCUGAUGGACGGUGACGAGCAGGAGAAAAUCGCAGCCCUGGAGAAAAUGGCCAGCUGCAACAUCAUGUCCGAGCGUCUGAGACCUCUGUUCCUGAGAACGUUCAAGUCGCCGCACAUGUCGGUCCGGAUGGCUGCAGUGAACACGGCCGGUACGCUGCGGGUUAAAGAUGACAUGGUGGUGCGCAGGGUCAUGAACCAGAUGGUGGAAGGCACGUCGAAGCUAAAGCUCAUGGCGUACGAGGCGCUGUGUCUGAUGCGGCCCCCUCCCAGCGCGGACCUGCUGAACCACAUGGAAUGGGCCGUGCACCUGGAGCUGGACCCGUACGUGAAAGCGAGAGCGUGCUUGGCCACCGCCACUCUGUGUCCGAAGCAUCCUCCGGUCAUCGCCAAGCUCAAGGCAUUGCUGGAGGCUGACGAGGAGGACUUUGUGAAGGAGAGUGCAGCUGCCGGUCUGCUGGCCAUGGGGGAGCAAGCUGAGCCAGACCGCCGUGAGAUGAAGCAGAUAACACAGGAACUAGAUGAGAUGACCUCACCCGACCGUGUUGUACUGGACGUGUUGAGAAUGGAUCGCCGGGAAAAGGCGCUGAAGGAUACAGCCGUCCAAGCCCGUCGACUGAAGCUCAAGAGAGCCAGGGCAAGCAUGUGAGGUGGACAGUCCUGACUCACAGGAAAGGCAUGGAAGUUACACAAAAUACGUCCCAUUAUCAUGACUUUGCUCUCGUUCUUUUCCCACUUCAACAUGCAGGUAGCAAGUGCAAGUUGUGUUUUAGAAGAUGAGGCAUUUUCAUCAUCUCAUGACAAGCCUUUUCUGACAUCGGCCUGGCUGCUUUGUCGGACGCCAUAAUUUACAACUUGAUACCACUGAAGAAUCUGGCCUAUUCACGUAUCCACUAUACUGGUAUACAUGUAAGUCGGAGCUGCAAGCCGGGACCUCGAUAUCAUUAGCAUUAAUAGCAACAUUUUGCUGGAAGUUGAUUCUAAGCUGUUGAGUAUUCUGUCUUGUGACUGGUGCCGGUAAACUUCACAUCCCUUGAGUGAUAAAAAAACGUUUUC